GUGUGUUUUCCUCAGGUGUUGGUUUUAUUAUAAAAGUUGAAGUUUCUACUCUGACAGUGAACAAGAACAAACUGAUCCAACUUCAGUAAAAAUAAAAAAACAACCACAGGAAGAGGGCGGGGCAACGUUUCCAUGGAAACACGCAGGGCUUAGGGAGGGAGGGUGCAGGGGUAACCAUGGUAACAGUGAGGGUGUGGGGGGGUGGGGUCUGUCCUUUAACGUGGGACAGUUUAACAUCUGAUGACCUCCAACACACAUACACACACCUAACACACACACUCAUACACACUGACACACACUCAUACACACUCCAACACACAGGUACACACACACACACACACACACAUAUAGACACACACACUCUGGUGGUGUGUGUGUCUCAGAGCGACCUCUCUCUCUCUCUCUCUGGCUGCUGAUUGGCUGACGGGUCGUCCUCUCGUUUUAGUUCCUCGCUCUGAUUUUCAACCACCUGUGAUGUCACAGCCACACCUGAGCUGCAGGUGUCGUUUGGACACAUCUCCAUGGUAACACUGAUCCUACACUCACUCUCUGUGUUGCCAAGGAGAUAAACGGCCGAGCUCACCUUCUCUCUCACCUGUCUGUCUUCUUCUUCUUCUUCUCUUCCUAAAUCAGCACACCUGUGGGUAACUGUUCAUUCGUUAAGUUUGUCAUCGUCGUAUUGCACAUGUGUGUUUAUUUUCUCUUUAUUCAUGUAUUGCUGAUUUGUGUUUGGGCUGUAUGCUGCUCUUAAUGUCUGCUCCUUGUUAACCGUGAAAUGAAUUGUCCUUUGGGGAUUGAUCACGUUGUCUGAAUCUAUUUUCUCUAACCUGCAGUGAAGCUCCGCCCCCUACCUCAUCUGGUCCAAUCAUCUGUCACUCUACCUGUCUGUGCUCCGAAACACACACACCUACCUGCCUUUCUCGCGCUCUCUCUCUCUCUCUCUCUCUCUUCAGUCUCGUUCGUCCCUCUCUACUCGUCCUCGUCCUCAUCCUCAUCUUCAUCCUCUCCUUCCUCCUCCUCCUCGUCCUCCCCGCCCUGAGCGGAGGAGCCGGGGUUUCUGGCGUAGGUGCCGCCGCCGCGGUAGGCCACCAUGUCCUGAGGGAGGGACAGAGUGUGUUAGAGUCGUGCCCACAGACUCACCUGUUCCCUCACCUGUGUGUGUGUGUGUGCGUGCGCGUCUCACCCGGUCGUAUUUCUCUCGUAGUUUCUGAGCCUUCUCCUCGUACGGCUGCUUCUCGCUCUGAGACAGUUUGCUCCACAUCUCUCCUAGCUUCUUUGCACAGUCUCCUAUAGACAGACCGGGGUACUGCUGCUUCACGCUGGGACGGUACUCACUGCAGAACACAAAGAACGCAGACCUGCGCACACACACACACACACACACACACAAAGAGAGACAAACACGCACAUUAGACUCUUUCAUGCACAGGACUUCAGUGAUUGGCUGUGAGGGAAACCAAACAAAUGGUUUUUAUAGACCUGUGGAAGAACAAGAUCAAUUCAUUUGACUGAUCAUGUACAUACAUAUCUGAGCACCAACACACCGCCUGAGCUAACAGGAACACCAGAACUAAUCCCAAAUCUGUACCACAUACGGAACGGCGCCGAUUUUCGCCAUUCGCCAAUUCCUACUGGAUCAGUUUGUGAAGCAAACUUUGUGGCGGAUCACGAGAACUCAAAAGAACCCGCAGAUUCAAUUGCAAUUGCGCAACAACGAGUGUGUCCUUCCAGAGGAGGAAAUCUACUUCUAGACUUCUAGAAUCAGCAUCUCCUCAUCCAUGGUGUCAUCGGGGUGAAAUGACGUCUAAAAACCUUUCACUUGUUCGUCUCCGCCCGUUUGCAUGGUGUGAAAUCUGAUGCUGGCAGGAAAAGCAAACAUGGAACGCCAUAACCAAAUAGGCGGUAUAGCGUACAGGAACAUCAGAGCAGAACAUGGACUGGAAACCCUGAGGUCAAAAUGGGAAGAACCUCCCAAGGUGAUGGAGAAUGACCGAGCCAAGAUCCUGAAGGACUCCCAGAUACAGACCAACAAAAUGGUUAUGGCCAACCAACUGGACAUCUUAAUCGUAGACAAACAGCAGAGUAAAGCUGUUGUGGUAGAAGUCGCCAUCCCAAGUGAUACCAACAUCACGAAGAAGGAACACGAGAAACUAGAGAAGAACCGAGGGCUCAAAGAGGAACCUGGAGAAAGCCUGGAAGGUGAAGGCAACAGUGGUGCCCGUGGUUAUCGGGGCAGAAACCCCCACACUGGAGAAGAAGUGGCUCCAACAGAACCCUGAGGAAUCAUCAGAAACAUCUCAGUCCAGAAGAGUGCAGUCCUAGAAACAGCAAGGAUACUGGGCAGGACCCUCAAGCACCCAGGUCUCUGGUAGAGGACCAGAACCUGAAGAGACACAAUACCGCCCAGGGUGGGCGAGAGAAGAGUGGUAUGCAGUGUCAGGAUACUCUUGACCAGAUUUUUAUACUGGUUUGAUUUCAAAGCCUCAAUCCCAACAUGUUUUCUAGAUUUACAUCAUUCUGCAAACAGCAUUUUUCAGACAGAAGGUUUCUGGACAAACAGCCCCGAGCUGGGAGAGGUCGUUAUCAUGUUGAGACUAAGUUUGUUUAAAGACAACGGCUCACAAACAUUUGUUUUUUUUACAGUUUUCAUGAUUUUACCUGAAGCAGAUUGAAGACGGCUGGAGUAAAGACGACACUCAAACAAACCAAACCAUCCAGACUGCUGAGGAGGUCCGAUUUCUGUCCUCAGAGUCAGAACCAAACAUGAGGAAACACCUCACUGUUUGAUCCUCCAAAUAUCUGACAAUAUCUGGAGAGUCUCAGCUCCUUCAAAUCCAGUAUGAAGACUUGUCUGUUCAUGUUAGACUGACUGACGAACGUUUUAAUCACACAGUCUUCAGUUUGAAGCUUCAGUGUUUCACAUAUUCAGUUUCAGGGUCGAGUUAAAACACCGAACAUGUGGUUAGUUCAUUAAAACACCUGCAGGUUUCCUUCAUGUUGUCGAAACAAACGCUAAAAUCACAGACAGACGAACGUGAUCAGUUACGGUUUUAUGGUCUGCUGCUCUUUUCUUCUUCUGGUCCACAGUCUCUGAGGUUUUGAGGUUUUGAGGUGAGGACUCCCUCUGGUGGAUCUGACUGUUCCCUGUAGGAUUGAAAAUGUCUGUGUGGUGGUUCAAAUGAGACUUUUUUGGGUGUAGUUUUUCAGGAUUCAGCUCCCAGUACCCCGGGUUUCUCUAGGAGUCAGUUAUAGGAAGAAAAAAUCGAUUCAUGGAAGUAUUUUUGCAAUUUUUUGUUUUACAUAUUUUAAAUUGAUUUUUUUGCUCAGAAAUCUUUUUUUUUUUUUUUAUUUAAGAAUAAAUCUUAAAAACCGACUUACAUGUGAUGUGUAUUUUUUGGGGAAAUAUAGUUCCUGGAAUAGUCAGUAGAUAAUCAUAAUCAUUCAACUGUUUCACUGGAGUUAAAAAUACAGACUAAAAAUCGAGAAAACCAACAAUAUUAUGGAAUCGCAAUUUAAAUCGAAUUGGCAUCCAAAAAAAUCGUAGAAGAAUCGAAUCGGGAGAAAAGCAGAUCGUCCCAGCCCUGGUCAGUCACGUUAUUGUUUUAUUAUGGCCCAUUUUAUAAGUGUCUCAUCACUAUAUUCUGUUUUUGGUCGACACAUUAACUCACUCGAUAAUUAAGACAAAAUAAAUACGGACGAAAGUGAACAGGAGACAGGUCAGUCUGGGUGUGAAGUCUUGAUUUAAAUCCUAAUAAUGGGGUUUAAAGUAAUGAGCCCGUUUUAUCAGGUUAUUUUGAAAAAGCUCAAAUUAAAGUCCAGGUUUUGAAAGUUAACCCCUUCACCUGAAACACACGUUUGCUUUUAUUCGUCUUCAUCUUUGUUUGAAGUUCCCGCUCCUCUCAGCUCAUUCCUGCUCUCUGGUGUCUGACAGACUCUGAAGACUCAAACCUGAACAGUUUCAAGUUUGACCGAAUCACAAACUUCCAGAGUCUUUUAACUUCAUUUAAAAACCGUCUCAUACGUCUCCUCUAUCAUAUAAACGUACGUUCCCUAAACCUCCAUACAGAGCGAUAAGGAACCCCAAAAAAAGAGUGUAAGGUGAGUUCAGUUUCAGGUCCGGACAGACAUCAGUUCAGUCAAUAAGGUUUAGGACAGAUUAAAAACUCGCCACAGAGACAGAAUCAAGUGAGGAAGAUGAUCCUAGUGGGCGAUCUAAUGAGGACACGUAAAGACAGCUGUAACUGGUCGACCCGUCCAGGUAUCUUAUAUGUCUGGGGGGUGGGCCUGGGACUUACGGGGGUCUCUUGGGGGCGUUGGGGUCUUUCCUCUUGCGGCCCCUCUUCCCAAAGCCCUUCGGGGGGACGUAGUCUCUCAUCUCUCGGUUGUAGCGCACCUUGUCAGCCUUCGCCAUGUCCUCAAAACAUUUCUUAUCGCUGGCAGAAAGCGCCUGAAACACAGACACACAGUGAGCACUCUGACCUCUGACCCAACCGCAUACCUGUCACUAACUCCCCCCGCCUCACCUUCCACCUCUCAGAGCACUUCUUGGAGAACUCGGCAAAGUUGACGGACUGCUCGGGGUUCUUCUUCCUGUGUUCCUCUCGACACGUCUGCACGAAGAAGGCGUAAGCCGACGUCUUCCCCUUCGGCUUGUUUACGUCUUUGCGCAUCAUACUGACGGCCUGACAGGUGGAGAACAAAGACAGGGAACAGUUAGUGAACAGUGUAAUGCUCCUUUAAUGAAACCGUUAUAAUAACGAUCACUAAUUGAUCAUUUUUCAUUUGAUGUUGCACCGACUAAAAGGUUUACAGUCGGGUCGGUCUUGGUUCACUAUAACGAGUUAUCGUGAAGUUCACGUCUCGAUGGCGGCUGAUGGAUUCAACUUUUUUAUUUUUUAACCUCCCAACAGUUUUUAUCGUUUUCAUUCUGUUCUGUCACUUGAAAUUUACUGGAGUAGCAUUUUAUUUCAAAAUAAAAGCAUGUGUUUAAAAAUCAUGAUAACUCCUCCCACUCACUCCUGAUUGUGUUUCUGUGACGUCAUUAUCCUGAAUAUUUUGGUCAAAAUAAUCUCGGGGUGAAAUUGUUUUAUCGUGACAGCUCUCUUAUAUCUUUUGUUUUAAAUGUGCAAAUAUAACAAAUCAACACUCAUGCUCUGAUCCAGUAUGUAAAUUAUAAUCAAUGAAAAAGUUUGCACUAAAGUUGAUCCAAGUGUAAGCAGGCCUGUUUAGUAUUAUAUAUAUAAUUGGUAUAUCUGAGCAGCAGAUGGAUGUAUGUAGGCAGAUGUGUGGAUAGUUUCAUUGACAGCACACAGACAACAGACUUUAUUUCUUAAAAAGACUCGUCGGCACAUCUCUACUCAGAAACCGCUGAGUUCACAGGUGACAGUGUGAUCAGAUUAACGGCAUUUUGAUUCCCGUGUUUCAGCGACUACUGUCAUCAUCACCUUCACUAACCCUAGAACAGGUGUUUCCACCCUAGUCUAUUAGACUAAUGAGCAUGUAAGGUCUGAAUCGGGUUUUAUUCCAAAUAUCGCCAUUCAGGGUUAAUACUCGACUGUCAAACGUCCAAUGAAGGUACAUUUUCCAUUUGGUAGGUAAUUCUCAGGAGUUUAAAUGUUUAUACCACAGUAGUAAUUCAACAAAAAGAGAAACCUAUACAGAGUUUUUGAUCCCAUAAAGAUGGACCUGCAGCACCUUCGCCCACUCCUCUGCUGUCUGCAGCUCUGAGCUUUGCAGGGUCAGUCUGGUGCAUGCAGACAUAAUGUGAUGAAAUCAGUGACUAAGUAAAUGAAUGAAUGUGCACUAAUGCACACAUAUGGUAUAUAAAUAAGUGUGGAUGAUUGGUUUAAUAAACAAAAUCUGUUUAUAUUACACAGAUAAUGUAGGCUCUCUAUUACUUAAAAACGUAUUUGUGUGGCUCAGGGACCUCUGUGACCUCCCCGCGCAGCCUUCUUCUGUGAUUAUAACUCUGCUUUUAAGUAAUAUUCAAGAUUAGAUCAAAUUUCCUCUGUCAUACUCUUUCUCAAGUUUUAUCAUAAUACCUUACAAUCAGUUUAGAAAGUACCACAGCAAAUGUGCAUUUAAUACUAAUGAACCAUUUAUUAUCUUGGCUGUUUACCCUGCAUUAUAUUUUAUCUACAGAUGGCUGAACAAAUCCAAAUACUUUCUGCCUUGUGUUAUCUUAUAUCCUGUUCAUUAUUUUUUUCUCAUUUUGAUUUAAAUGUUAAACUUUAAAUAUCAACUAUCAGCUGAGCUGCUCUUUAAUUGUCAGAAUCAGCUGAUUGAAAUUAAAAAAAAAAAAAAAAAAAGCUGAAUAUGAAUCAAAAAUAAUUUGUAAAUGCUUCCAAAUAGAGAAUCAUUUUACAAUUAACUUCAAGUUUCUUAUCAAUUAAUCAACCAAUUAACAAACGUGUUGGCUGAUAAAACAUUUGGGUGGAAUGACCCUUUAACCUGUAAGUCUAAUAAUGUUCAUUAUUCAGAUUCAGCCUUUUUAUAAGAGUGUACGUUUCUCAUAUAAACCCCAUUAUUAUUAUAGCGUUUGUCCUGUAAUGAAGAGCCCGUGUCUGUGGCUCUAAUAAACGGCUCCUCUCUGCUCCCAGGCUGCUGCUGCUGCUGCUGCUGAAUAACAAAGAGAACAAAGUGGGGAUCCAUUUUCUCUGUCGGGGGGCUGGAGGCCCACAAACCCGGGCUGCAGCCUUCAUCGGCCGGUCAUUGAGCCGGGACAUCUCAGCGGUGCCUGUCCGGCCGCUCCGCCGGAGCCGGAGCUGAGGGGAGCCGCGGAGGUGAAGAAAAGCUCGGCUAGCUUCGUGUUAGUCCGUGGAUCUAUUCUCUGUUGCAGUGAGCUUAGCCGUGCUAACAGCUAACGGGCAGAACAAUGGGACACCAUUUGCUUCCCGCCCUCUGCAGAGCUAGCCGCCCCAUCCCCCUCUGCUAGCAGCGCGCUAACGGGCAGGAAAAAAAAAAACUAUUUUUUUCCACAGUAACGCCUUAAAAUACAACUAAAUCCCCCCUUUUCUUCGGGGAUUUUAUUUCCGAAAUAUGUUUCAACAUUUUUUCCAAACGGGCAGGUUUGCAAUGGAAAGAAGGGGGAUAGUAUGAGGGCUACGCAUUUUUCAACGCAGGGCUCCGUCUAUCACCAGAAGAGGUCAGCGUUGUAUGGACGGGACGCGACUAUUUCCUGACAUUCAUGCCUCAUAAAUGGGCGUUACGUGUUUACAACAACACGCUCCGAACAGUCCCCGGCGCGCGCUCUCACAAACCCCCGAACCUGAGGAGAAAUGUCUCCAGCGGCCAUUUUAUCACUCUCUCUGCCUCACAUCAUCUCUCCAUGACGGAUCUUUACACGGACAGAAAAACCACCGGGACACCGCAGCCAGCUCAUUUUCAGGGGGGAAUUACAGAAAUCUGGCCCGGCUCCGGUUCGGGGAAGGGAGGACGGGUACUCACUCGUCAGGAGGGCCGGGUUCAGGUUGAAGCAGACUCUGGAUCGGUUCUCGGAUUUUUCGGGUUCUUGGGUUCUUGUUGUUGUUUGGGGGCUGAAGCUCAGACUGGAGACGUUGGUUCACUUUCAAACUGGGUCGAGCUCCGGCUCGGCCCCGCCCCCCAGCAACGCCCCCGUUGGUUAUUCCCAUUCAGUGGGCGGGAACACAGUCCGCCAUCAUGGGCGGAGUGCCGAUGCAUUCUCGUCGGUGAUUGGCUUUCCGGGACGCAGGUCAGCAGCGCAUUGCUUCACAGCCCCACCCACCCAGCGACUCCAACAGGGCGGGAAUUCUACACUCACAACAGGGUGGAGCCAGAGCGUGUUCCUACCUUUCACUGGCUAGAGUCAAUGGCUGUCACAUCAAGCAGCCAAUCAGUGGAGAGAUGGAGGAGUGGCUACAGAACGCAGCAAGAAGAGGGAUGAAGACGGAGACUAUAAUACAUUUUUUUGUAUUUUAAGAUGUAAUAAUAUUAAACUGUAAGACUAAUAUUGAUGAACAUGAUGCAACAAUUACGGAAAAAUACUCUGAAUAAAGUGAAACGUGUUUUUAUGGUCAUUAUUUAAAUGAAAACAGUAUGUUUGUAGGGUUCUGUCAUUGUGUGUUUGUGUGUGUGUUUGUGUUGGCAGCUGUGGGGCCAUAUUCCUUCGCUCUUGUGUGUGUGUGUGUGUGUGUGUGUCAUCACAUCACUCAGCACAGUGGUUUUAACACAAGAUCUUGAAGCACUACAAUAACUCAAAAUUAGUAUUAGUAUUCAAAGGGAAGAAAUAUACAACAUGCAGCAUUUACACAGGGAAAGAGAGACUGUUAUUCAUGCUGGUUAUUAAACAUGAUGGAUCAAUCUUCAGAUUUUGACAAAAGUUAUUUCCAAGUACGUUAAGCCCCCCUGCGUUGCUAAGAAAUGGUCGAAUAAAUUGAUCAUGUGACCAAAUCUUUAAGAGAUGGGCAUCAAUUAACGGAGUCUGUGAAGGUUAGAAGCACAUGGGUGAAGAAGGGGUUAGACAUUUAUUUACAAAAAAAAAUGUCUUCCCUCUGUAAAGUGAAUUUUAUUCUUUAGUCGUCAGUUUGAUUAGAAUUGUGUUCAGACCAAAAAAGAUCAUUUUAGAUUAGUUUUAUUCAUCAAUUGUGGUAUCUGUGAGGGGGGAGUGGGCUAACAGUUCAACAGUUUCAGAAUUAAGUUCCUGAGUGGAUUUCAUCGUCAACUUACCCCAUACACAGGGUAAGUUGACCAUAGGAGACCACUUUAUUUUGUCCUGCUAUAUUCUGAAGAUGACAGUUCUGUUUACACUCAUUCUGUUGGUUUGCAGGGAUGAACAACAUCCUGAAAUAUCUGCAGAUACACGAGUUAGAGACAAAACUAGGACUGACUUGAUGGAGUGAUCCCAAACAUGAAAAAUGGAUCAUGUUACCCCACUCUCCCCUAUAUGAAAAAAACAACAACCAUGACUAUCAUCUGUUGGUAUUUUUGACAAUAAGAUUUAUUACAUCAUAAAGCCUGAAAAGUACAUCAUGUUUAAAAAGAGUUUACACUUAUACAUUUCUACACACUCUGUGGUCUGCUAAACAUCUCGUUCACCAUUCUGUGAGAGACUGUGUGAGCUAACAGUUCGACAGUUUCAGAAUAAAGUUCCUGAGUGGAUUUCAUCGUCUACAGAACAUCAGAUCAUUCAAAGAUUCAGAGGAUCUGGAGAAAUCUCUGUUCUAAAGGGACAAGGGCAAAAACCAGGACUGGAUGGUCCUGAUCUUCAGGGCAUUAAAAACAGACAGGACUCUGGAGUUGAAAUAACCGCAUUGACUCAGAAUCACUUAAAAAAACCUUGACUGUAAAACACAAUUCAUCACUGCAUCCACUAAUGAGGUUCAAACUGAACCAUGCAAAGACCAGAACAUAACAAAAUCCAGGACCACCAGAGACUUCUCUGGACCUGAGCCCAUUUAAGGUGGACUGAGGGGAAGGGAAAACUGUCCUGAGGUCUGAGGGAUCAGAAUCUGACGUUGUUUUUGAAGGUCAUGGACUCUGCAUCUUCCUCUCUGAAGAGUAGAGAGUCCACACGGUGUACCAGCUAAAGAUGUGUUAAAAAGAGCCAACAGGCCUCUUUGUUGUUAAACUCUGUUAAACUGUGCGUCAUAGUAAUUUAGCUUUAUUAACAUUACUUCAACAUUCAUUCACAACAUUAAACAACACUGCGCUGAAACAGGUUUGACUUUUCUGAUGUAGAGUCGGUUCACCCCAAAAUGAUCUUUACAACAACGGUACGAUAUCAAGUACUUUCUCUCUUCUUUCUCGCAUGUGAUUAGAAUUGUGUUUUUUUUUCUCGGCUGAGUGGCGUCCUGAACUCGUUCUCCCUAAUUUAAGCCUCUGCAGACACCGUAGUUUAGCAGGAUGGCAUGUAGAAGGACACGAUAUCUCUUUCCUGUAGGUCCAAUAAGAGGGAGAGGGAAUGAAAAAGUUGACCUGUUGGCAAAAACUGCGAUAAAAUCACAGGAAAUAGACGUAGUGGUAAAACUUUCCAAAACAGAAGUUAAAUCUGUAAUUAAGAGUCACACUUUAAAAAUAUGGCAAGAAUACUGGAAUAUGGCUGACACAGGGCGACAUCUGUACAAAAACCUGUUGGCAGAAUUAAAACACAAAGGAGGAGGAGACAGUAUUAACCCGUCUAAGAACUGGACAUACAGGACUCAACCAGAGCCUGAAUGAAACAGGACUUUGAGAUUACUGUAAGGCAGGGGAACAGUUAAACAUGAACUCACUGACUGUGUUUAACACACAUAGAAAAGACAACAUGUUAGUAACCAACCUGAGAAAGAAAAUCUAGAUCUCACUGUAGAGAAUCUGUCAGGGUCAGCAUCUGAAAAAGUAUUCAAGUCAUUAAUGAAGGAUUUAAGGGGGACUGGCUUAUUGUACAGAGGCAUAUAUCUGUUUUUUUUUUUUUUUUUUUUUUUCCUGCUUAAUUUCCUGUACCACACUCCAAUCCAGUGGGUGGCGGUAAUGCUCCUUAAGUUGGUUGCCAACCGAAGAAGAAGAAGAAGGUGGGCCGUGGUGGACAGCACGUGGAUGGCAGUCGCGGGCUGAGAGGAGGAUCGUCAUCGUGGUUCGGUGUGGGCGCGAGAAUUGAAGUGACUGGAGUGUAUGAAUGUACUUCGGAGGAUAAAGCAAAGUUACGUCUGAGAUUUAGCUGGGUGAAUUAGAUAAUCGGUCAGAUUAAAAUAACGUUAGGGUUUCCGGGGACGGGUAUCGACCGACGGCCUGUAUAGGUCCGGACCGGUGCCCGUUACCUUGCUUUCUUUAUUUCUUUCUUUCUUUAUUUCUUUCUUUUCUAUAACCUUAGCGGAUAGGGAUGAAAGGUAGGGGUAGGAGGGGGUCUAGGGCCGGGAGGGAGGAUGGAAGUGUAGGGAAAGGGGAUGGGGGACAGGGGAGAGAAGGAAAGAGACCAAGAACGAACAGUCAAAAUUCAUCGAACGAAGAAGACAUGGAGAGUUUUAGUUCUGAGGGAGAGAGCAGGGAGGAAGGAACUAGGUUGGUUAUACGGUUUGCUGAGGGAGGUGGGAUAGGGAAAAUGAAUCCGUUUAAGCUGACAAGGGAACUGACAGGGAAGUGCGGAGAGCUGAAGUAUGCGAGGGUUUUGGGAGACGGCAAUUUGAUUGUGGAAUGUUCAAGUGAUGUCCAGGAAGCCUUGGUGAGGAAGUUAACUAAGGUGGGUGAGAGUAGAGUGGUGAGGGUAGUGCGGGUUGGAGUGCAGGGGAGAAGAUGUAAGGGAGUGAUUACUGGGAUUCCUAUCGAGGUAGGGGAUGAGGAGUUGAAGGAGAAGCUACGUGCUAGGGGCACGGGAAUUGCCAAUGUUAAAAGAAUGACAAGGGGUCCAGAAAAGAAGACAACCGAGACAGUGUUGGUAGAAUUUGAAGGAGAGGUAAUCCCAGAUAAAGUGUACCUAGAGUACAUUAGCUAUUUUGUGAGGGCAUUUAUACCGAAGCCGAUGAGGUGUUACAAGUGUCAGUCAUUUGGCCACAUUGCAAGAUAUUGUAAGGAGAACAGGAGAUGUGCGAGGUGCACUGGGGACCAUGAGUAUGGGAAAUGUGGGGAGGGUACCAAGCCAAGAUGCUGUAGCUGUGGGGGGGAACAUAGUGUCACGUUUGGGGGUUGUCCAGUUAUGAAGAGGGAGGCAGAAGUUCAGAAAAUCAGGGUGCUAGAUAAGAUAAGUUAUGCAGAGGCAGCAAAGAUGGUAAGACAGAGGGAGGAAAGGUCACAGGGAGUAGAGGAGACAGGGGGUGGUGGAAGAAAGGGGACUUGGGGGUUGGGGAGAGAGCAGUCAGAUCAGGAUAGGAUAGGGAUAGACAAAAGGCAGUUAAUAGUAUUUAUUGUGGCAGCUAUCAACUCAACAAGCAAGUCUACAUCUAAGACCACCAAUAUACAAUAUAUUGUGAAGGCAGCAGCUGAUCAUCUGGGGAUGGAAGGACUAAAGUGGGAGGAGAUAGAGGCGGAGAUUAAGAACCAGAGUCGAAGCCAGGAGGUAGGAAAGUCACCUCAUGCUCAUGGUUCGGGUGCUGCAGUGGAAUGCUAGGAGCCUGAUGGCUAAUGGACAGGAGAUGAAACACUAUAUAAGGAAGAUGAAGAUACAGCCAGACGUAGUUUGUGUUCAGGAAACUUUUUUGAAACCUAGCUUAGAUUUUAAGGUUAGUGGGUAUAUGACAAUCAGGAGGGAUAGGAGUGAAGAAGAAGCAAGAGGAGGGUGCGCAAUAUUUAUUAGGCAGGGUAUUUCUUAUAGGUUGAUAGAAAGUGGGGAAGAGCAGGAAUAUAUAGUGGUAGAGUUGUGGGAGGGAGGGGAGGCGGUGGUUAUAGUUAACUACUAUAAUCCAGGGGGAGGUUAAUAUUGGAUAGGUUAGUUAGGAUAAAAGGGGUUGAUAGACGAAAGGUUAUCUGGUGCGCAGACUUUAAUGCACAUAACACUUUGUGGGGUGGGAAACACACAGAUGUAGAUGGUAGGGUAGUUGAGGAGCUAAUGGAGGAGAGGGAAUUAGUAUGUUUAAAUGAUGGGAGAGGGACUAGAAUAGAUGUCAGAACAGGAAAUGAGUCAGCUAUAGAUAUUACAUUGGUAUCAGCAAGUUUGGCAGGAGUCAGUAAAUGGGAAGUGUUGUCAGGAAAGUCGCUAGGUAGUGAUCAUUAUUUAAUCAUGUGUACAGUAGGGGGAAGAGUGGAGGUGGGGGCGGGUAGGGGGCUCCGGAAAUGGGUGUACAGUAAAGCAGAGUGGAAUAAAUUUAGGGAGGUGAGUGAGGGUCUACUGGAGGUAGUUGAUACAAACAGGGAUGUGGAAGAAGUCAACAAUAGUGUUACAACAGCAAUAAUCACAGCAGCAACUCAAGCUAUUCCGAGGAGCAGAAAUGGGAGGACCAGGAAGUUAGUUCCAUGGUGGUCAGAGGAGUGUAGCAAGGCAGUGAAAGCCCGAAAUAAAGCAUUCAGAAAGAUUAAACAAAACCAUACUAUGGCAAGUCUGUUAGAAUAUCAGAGAGCACAAGCAUUGGUGAGGAGAGUAGUUCGACGCACAAAGAGGGAGAGUUGGAGACAGUUUUGUAAUGGUAUAGGGAGAACAACACCAGUAGGAGAAGUAUGGGGUAUGAUAAGGAAGAUGGGAGGGGAAGGAGGGAGUGGGAAUAUCCUGUAAUUACAGAGGAAGGAGAGACAGCAGUAAAUGAUAAGGAAAAGGCUGAGAUGAUAGCCAGGGCAUUUGCAAAGGUGCAUAGUGUAGACAAUCUGACAAUGGAGGGGAAGAGGAGAAGAGAGAUGACUCAGAGUAGAUAUCCAGGUGCUCUAGACAGGAGGACGGAUUCAGGGGGGGAGAUAGACACCAGAUUUACUAUGGCAGAGCUUGUGAGAGCGGUUAGGAAGGCAAAGCCUACAGCUCCAGGGGGAGAUCAGGUAAGCUAUGUAAUGCUGAAAAAUUUAGGGGAAAAGGGGAUGAACAGGAUGUUAGAAUUGUAUAAUAAGGUAUGGGAGGAGGGAAGGCUACCGAGUGUAUGGAAGGAAGCAGAGGUAGUACCGAUCAGGAAGCCAGGUAAGGACCCAUGCUCUCCUUCUAGCUACAGGCCAAUAGCUUUGACUUCGAACAUUUGUAAAAUUAUGGAAAGAAUGGUAACAGAGAGAUUGACAUAUGUGCUUGAAAAGAGAGGUACGCUGGCGAGAUGCCAAAGCGGAUUUAGAAAAGGUAGGAACACAAUGGACGCAGUGGUGAGACUAGAAAGUGAGGUGAGGAAGGCGCAGGCAAAUAAGGAAUCUGUAGUGGUAGUGUUUUUUGAUAUAGAGAAGGCAUAUGACAUGAUGUGGAAGGAAGGAUUACUGAUUAAGUUGCAGGGGAUGGGGAUUGGGGGCAGAGUUUUUAAUUGGGUAAAGGACUUUUUGAAUGAUAGGAAGAUUCAAGUUAGAAUAGGGUCAGAGAUAUCUAGUAAAUAUGAAGUAAGGAACGGCACUCCCCAGGGGAGCGUAGUUAGCCCACUAUUGUUUCUUAUCAUGAUUAAUGAUGUUUUUUCAGAGGUACCAGCAGAUAUAGGAAGCUCACUGUUCGCAGAUGACGGAGCACUGUGGAAGAGAGGGAGGAACACCAAACAUUUAGUCACUAAGGUGCAGACAGCGAUUGAUGGGGUGACAGAGUGGGGAUUAGAUUGGGGGUGUAGGUUUUCAGUAGAGAAGACUCAAACUAUAAUUUUUACCGGGAAGAGGGUGGGAGUAGAUGUGUCAUUGAGUAUGUAUGGUAGGCAACUGGAGAGGGUUGAGGCAUUUAAGUAUUUGGGGGUGGUAUUUGAUAAGAGGUUAACCUGGGCAGAUCAUAUCAAGCGGGUAGAGGGUAAGUGCAGGAAAGUGUUGAAUGUGAUGAGGUGUCUUGCAGGCAGAGAAUGGGGGGCGAGCUGUGAUGCAUUAAAAACAGUAUAUGUAGCUAUGAUUAGGUCAGUUAUAGAUUAUGGGUGUAUAGUUUAUGGAUCAGCAGCAAAGUCCCUUUUAGGAAAGCUAGAUACGAUCCAGACAAGUGCAUUAAGGAUCUGUAGUGGGGCCUUCUGGACGUCACCAGUGCCUGCAGUACAGGUGGAGUUGGGUGAGAUGCCGCUAUGCCUGAGGCGCAAACAUCUCAUAGCAAACUACUGGGUUAGUUUAAAGGGCAGCAGUGGUACCCACCCCACAAAAGGAGUGAUAGAGGAGUGUUGGGAGGAGGGGAAAGGUAAGAGGGAGCAUUUUGGUAGGAUGGGGAAUAGAAUAACAGCAGAGCUUGGGGUGGGGGAGAUGGAGGUAGACCUAACAAUAGUGUAUCCAGCAAUGCCACCAUGGAGAAUGAUAUGGCCAACAGUGGAUUGGAGUGUAAUGGGAAAGAAAAGGAAAGAGGGAGGACAGGUAAGCUUGGUCAGCGUAGUUAAUCAGCGCCUGAGGGAAGAAUAUAGCGGAUUUGUUCAGGUAUACACGGAUGGGGCAAAACAACCUGAGACGGGGGUGACAGGAUUAGGGGUAGUGGUGCCAUCGAGAGGAAUUGAAAUCAAUAGAAGGACAUCAGACGGUCUAGCGGUAAACACAGUGGAGAUGUUGGGGGUGAUGAUUGCACUGAAAUGGGUGGAAAAAGUUAGAGUAAAGAGGGUAGUUAUAUGCACGGAUUCAGCAUCAGUUUUAGCUAGCAUUAGAUCAUUCCAUUCAAGCAGCCGUCAGGGUUUAUUAUAUGAAAUAUUACAGUCAGUAACAAGAAUAGUACAGCAGGGGGGUCAGAUCAGUUUUUUAUGGGUUCCAGCACAUAUAGGGGUGGAAGGAAAUGAGAAGGCAGACGUGAUGGCUAAGGAGGCGUUAGGGAAGGAAUCAGUGGAGCUGAAUGUUAGGUUAAGUAAAGCGGAAGUUAAGAGUAUGAUAUGGGAAAAGCUUAUUCAAAUGUGGCAGAAGAAAUGGGAGGGUGAGAAGAGAGGAAGGCAUCUUUAUAAGAUUCAAGAAAGUGUUAAAGUUAGGAGGUUGGGUAGUGGACAGAGAAAGGAAGGGUCAGCAUUGAUAAGGUUGAGGUUGGGUCAUUGCGCAUUAAACAAAACACUGAAAAUGAUAGGGAAACACCAGACUGGGUUAUGUGAGGGAUGUCAGGUGGAGGAGUCAGUGGAGCAUGUACUAAUGGGUUGUAGGAGAUAUGAGAUGGAAAGGGGAGAGAUGAGAAGUAAGUUGAGGGAAUUGGGUAUGCAGGACCUUACACUAAAGGGAGUAUUACAGAUGGGGUACAGGGCACAUGUGAGAGUGUUAGUCGAGUUUUUAAGGGUGACGGGGUUGAUUGAUAGGAUUUAGUCAGUAGGAGUAUGAAAGUGUGAGUGAAUGAGAUGGGAAAGGGUGGUGCACAGGGGGUUUUGCAUAAGAAUUGCCAGAAGAGGGCGGUAAUGCACCGUACACAAGAGUGCCAACUGCCGUUAAACUAGAAGAAGAAGAAGAAGAAGAAGAAGAAGAAGAAGAAGAACAGGAAGUAGGAAGUCUGGUUCGAAGUUGUUUUGCGGGAGCGGCGUGUGAGCGAGAUGGGUCGCAGUGAUCAGACGAGUGAAUUUGACGACAAAUCUAAUUUAUCAUUAUUCCAUUAGACCUGAGAUGAGCAGAGACCCGGAUAUGGAGUCAGUUCAGCGCGUCGUGGAGGAGCUGCAGCCCGGCGGAGAGGCCGUUAGUACAGUCUCUGUUUCCAGCUUCACAGUUUUCUGCUUAAACUCUGUCAUUUAUAUCGAUUAAAUAAUGUUUAAAUUCACACAGAGGUCCCUUCAGAGUUGGGACAGAUGCAUUAAAGAAUAAACCAACAUGAUUAUUGUAUGUUUGAACACAGGUUUGAUUUUAAUUCAGUUAUAAAGAACAUGAAUAAUCUCGAGUUAAGACAAGCUGCGAUGACAACAGUAUAAAUAACUAACUAACUAACUAACCAACCAACCACCGUUAACUAAGCUAGCUAUAUAAUGAAGCAGCAGAAAUAUUCGGCUGCACGAUGUUGGAAAAAACUAACUUCAUUUUUGUUCAACUCUGUGAUAUACAUGACGAUAUUAAAAAAUAGAGGAAUUCUCACCAGAUGACCAGAAUCUGACUUUCUGCUGAGAUCUUGAGGACAGUUAACCUGCUCUGAUCUUACCUCUUUUAGUGAAUGUUAGUAGAAUGGCUUCUGUCUGUCUCAGAGAUGUUUUUAGCUUUAAUUGUUCUGGGACUCGUUAUCUCUCCUUGAUGAAAGGCACUGCCGACACAGAACAGGUGCUUAGUGACGUCAUCCUUCUUGUAACAGAAAUAAUUCCAAAAAGUGACGUUGAUUUUCUUUUUGUCAACAAGCAUUGAUCUUCAAAGGUCAGUGACGUGUCUUUUCUUUGUGCUAACGAGUCUUCAUCUUCGGCGGUUUUCUUUGGUUCGUUUCUCAUUUUGAAAUCGUUGAUGUUGUGCUGAGAAACACGUGCCCACCGAGGAUUGCAUACACCUCGCAGAAACGCGCACCGCUUAUAGUAGAGUGCUCCGUGUAAAUGUACGAUUUUAAACCCAUACAGUUCUUAUUUGUGGGGCUAAACAGUGAUGAGUGAAGUUCCGCAAGUAAUUUUCAGCGGGUAUGCGUAUCUCGUAGGACUGCACGAUAUAUCGUUUGAGCAUCAUCAUCGCGAUGUAGUGUGCGCUAUAGUCACAUGCAGAGCCUGCGAUGUCGAAGGCGAAUGAACUCAUCUAAUUUCAAUGGUAGUUGACUGACAUACACUGAAUGUGACUCUGCAUGUGCUGUGCAGCGAUCCACCAAUCACAUUCUUUCUGUACUCAGUUUCCAAUCAGACUAGCCUGCCAGCCAUCAGUCAAAAUCAGAGAGGAGGAAACCACGCCCCUGCACAUGGAGCGAGUUGCUGGCGCUGCUGGUGUUGUGCCGAGAAACUCAUACCCGCCGAGAAUUACUUUAGGAACAUUCCUCAUCACUGUUUAGCCCCACAAAUAAGAACAGUGUGGGUUUGAAAUAGUUCAUUUCCAUGGACCACUCUACUAUAAGCGGUGCGCGUUUCUGCGAGGUGUAUGCAAUCCUCAGCGGACAUGUUCUUGGCACAACGGUAACAACAACAAGGAUUGCAAAAUGAGAAACGAACAAGAGAAAACCACUGAAAAUAAAGACUUGUUGCCAAAAAAGAAAAGGAAAGUCAGUUAUCUGGAAUUAUUUCGGUUACAAGAAGGAUGAUGUCGACUAAAACACCUGUUCUGUGUCUGCAGUGUCUUUCACCUGUUGCCACAACAAGAGUAGGGCCCGACUGAUAUGGAUUUUUUUAAUACUGAUACUGAUUAUUAGGGGGGGGGGAUCUGAUUACCGAUUAAUCUGCCUAUUUUUAAAAAAAAUUUUAUGCGGUUUUAAAAUUUUGUUAAUUUAAGUAAUAUAUCUACAUAUUUACUUAUUUUUUUUAACAAAUGGCUGCUGUUGAGCCUUUCAAACACUUCUUCAAAGAAUUAAAGGCAGACAACUAAUUUCACGAUAUAUCGUGCAGCCCUACCACAGAUCAUCAGUUAUUACUUCACCUAACCAGUAGUAGGUAAUAUAUCUAACUGGUUAGUUGUACUGGUUCAGAGUAACUGGCAGGUGGAGGUUAAUUCCUCUGGAUUUAUGUAACAUGUAAAUGAAUGUUUCAUUCUGCAGGAGUCCGUUUGGUUAAAGAUGAUGUUGACCUUCAUCACUAAACACCUUCAUCCUCUUCUGUCUGGCUCCGCCCUCUCUGGUAGGUCAGCCUCAGUGUUGUGUGAAUUAAAAACAGUAAAGAACACACAGACAGCUGAGUUUACAGGUUUUAUCACACACUUUGACAUCAGAGAGAGGUCACUUCACACCUGUCCUGUCAGGUGGUCAAAGAGCGGCUCUCUGGGGUCAGAGGUCAUAAUGAGUGUGUUAUUAUUGUGGGUUUUAGGAGGCAGUGUGUGUCCUGAUGACCUGUGUGUGUGUGUGGUGAAGAAGAUCCAGAAGAACAUGGCAGUUACACACAGCUUACCUGUGAGCUACAGGUGUGUUCACAGUUAUUGACCGGCCACAAAUUAAAAGAUUAGCUUGACAUAUUUGUCAUACCCUAAGUGAUAAAUCUAACCUUUGACCCCUGCUGACCUGUCACCAGGCCCCUCUCUGUCUCUGAGCUGCUCUCUAAACAGCACCUGGCCUGCGUCAGUAACCUGUCUUGGAGCACAAAUCAGCAGAGAGCGUGGGAGAAGGAGGCGGAGCUUGCCCUGCCUGGACAGCGGGCUCUGCCGCGGGUCAACUUGCUUCUGAUUGGUUAUCUAAGCGGAGGAGGUGGAGACUUGUGGCUGAAGGACACCAGUGGCAGUGUCAGGUUUGAGGUAAGAGGGCAGGUGUGAUCCCUGAUACCUGGCAGGGUCCAUUUGUCAAAGGUGACAGGAAGUACAGGUGUCAGUGAUGUGUCCGUCUCACCUGUGUGAUUGAAAACGGAAUAUUAGCCGAGUCAUUAAAUUCAUGUUCGUUCACCUGUCUCUGUUCACCUGUCUCUCCAUCCGCAGUGCCUAUCUCCGUCUCCUCUGUGGCUGAAUCAUCUCAUCUUCCUCCGGCACUGGAACUACAUCCCCCACAAUUCCACAGGGCAGGAUGGGACACAAACAGAAGGCCAUGUGGAGCUGGUUGGUUCUCCCAUCCUGCUGUUUCCUGGUUCUGAGCAGGGAUUGGCUGUUGGUCCUCGUGAAGGGGCGGGUCUUAGUGGAGUAGUUGGAGUCAGACAAGCUGUUGGAUUAAUGAGGAAAAGGUGGGCCGCUUGACCUUUGACCCCUGAUCUUUGCAUGAGGUGCAGAGUGAAAGACUUGAUUUGUCACAUGACCCCCUGUGUCUGUGCGUCUGUCCCUCAGGACUCAUGGACAGCGUCUGUCAGUCUGGGGUACGGUGGGUUCAGUUUGCCCCCUGCUGGUCGUAUCAGGAACAUCGUUCUUCUUUUUCUGGCUGACAGACGACUCUCACAGUUUACCUGUGCUCGUCAAGGUACCUGAUCAUAGAGAUAUCAUCAUGUAGACUGAACUCUACAGUCCCCCCUGAUGUGCUGUCCACACCUGUCCACACCUGUCCACACCUGUCCACACCUGUCUCUCUGUCUCUCUGCAGGACAGCAGCAGGCUGUGCUGGUCUCGGUGUUUGUGUGUCGGUCAGAGUGUGUGUGUGACGGCGCUGCGUGUGUGUGUCUUACAAUGCUGGAGAGGAAACAACAUCCUGAGUGUGACUGAGCGGUCCCAAAUACACUCCAACUACACACACACCAAAGAGAGCGCACACACUGACACACAACAGGACACGCCCCCAGAGCAGAUGAUGUCACAUGGUGAUGGUGAUGAUGAUGGCGAUGAUGUCUACGAGGAGGCGGGGUCUGAGAGGGUCAUUCUCCAAUCAGGUGUCAGGAUGAAGCGUUCCAGAGUCAUCAGUUACCAGGUAAAUACAGGUAAAUCAAAGCUCUGAUUGGCCGACAGAGUGUUACCUGUAUGAUAAGCCCCACCCCUCUCCUCUGAUAGGGCACUGUGACUGAGGUGGUGAGUGAGGGGGCGGGACUUUAUGUGAUUGACAGGAAGGUGGGUCUGUGCCUGGCCUAUCAGCCAAACCUGAGGAGGAAACUACGAGAAGGAGACUCUGUGGAGGUGAGACAACACACAGGUGAGACAUCAUACAGGUGAGACAACACACAGGUGAGACAACAUACAGGUGAGACAACAUACAGGUGAGACAACAUACAGGUGAGACAACACACAGGUGAGACAACACACAGAUGAGACAACAUACAGGUGAGACAUCACACAGGUGAGACAACACACAGGUGAGACAACACACAGGUGAGACAACAUACAGGUGAGACAACAUACAGGUGAGACAACAUACAGGUGAGACAACACACAGGUGAGACAACACACAGAUGAGACAACAUACAGGUGAGACAUCACACAGGUGAGACAACACACAGGUGAGACAACACACAGGUGAGACAACAUACAGGUGAGACAACACACAGGUGAGACAACAUACAGGUGAGACAACACACAGGUGAGACAACACACAGGUGAGACAACACACAGGUGAGACAACAUACAGGUGAGACAUCAUACAGGUGAGACAACACACAGGUGAGACAACAUACAGGUGAGACAUCAUACAGGUGAGACAACAUACAGGUGAGACAACACAGGUGAGACAACACACAGGUGAGACAACACACAGGUGAGACAACAUACAGGUGAGACAUCAUACAGGUGAGACAACACACAGGUGAGACAACAUACAGGUGAGACAUCAUCAAGGUGAGACAACACACAGGUGAGACAACAUACAGGUGAGACAACAUACAGGUGAGACAACACACAGGUGAGACAACAUACAGGUGAGACAACACACAGGUGAGACAACACACAGGUGAGACAACAUACAGGUGAGACAACACACAGGUGAGACAUCAUACAGGUGAGACAUCAUACAGGUGAGACAACAUACAGGUGAGACAACAUACAGGUGAGACAACAUACAGGUGAGACAUCAUACAGGUGAGACAUCAUACAGGUGAGACAACACACAGGUAAGACAACACACAGGUAAGACAACAUACAGGUGAGACAACAUACAGGUGAGACAACAUACAGGUGAGACAACACACAGGUGAGACAACACACAGGUAAGCCACAGAUCUUGACGGUGCUAACUGACCUAUUACUGUCUCUGCCUGCAGCUCCAUCAUGUCCACUUCCUGUAUCGGCCCUGUCCUGACUUCCCUCCCAGCAUGCUUUGCACCUGUCUGCGCUCCACCCUCAAAGUGACCUCCUUCAGCAGGGUGGGGGGGUCAUCACCUGUCUCCACCUGCCCUGGAGAUGGAGUGUUACCACGGUUACUGCUGGAGAAAAACGUGGGCGUGUCUGAGUACCUGUGGGCGUGUCACCUGAGCUCACAGCUCGCUCACAGGUGAGUCCACCUGGAUGAAGGUGUCCCUGCAGGACAGGUAUACACAAGUAUGAGGACGUACACCUCAUUAAGAUGUCCACCUGUCUUCAGUCUUCUCCCUAGAGUGUCGAGGCAGCAGUGUGUCUGUGUGUUGUCCUGGAAGAUGAUGGAGGACGUGUGGGGACAAGGUGAAAAUGGACGGAGAGACAUCUACUCUGAGAUGCUGGAUGAACCUCACACCUGUCCCCUGACACAGGUAGAUGCACCUGAUCUGUCCAGUGUCCAUGCAUCACCACCCUGCUGUGUCUCUGUCUCUGUCUCCACAGUACCUUGUUGUCCCUUCACUGUCUCUGUCUCUGUCUCCACAGUACCUCGUUGUCCCUGCCGUCCAUCAGUACAUGAGUGUUUCAGAGCUCACUGAGUCCCUCCGGUCAGAGUCCUGGUCCUCCUUGUCCCUGAGAUCUCUGCUGCCCCCUGAUGGAUCCAGUCUGAAGAGUUCUGAGAUCAACUCUAAACUGGCCUGGUCCUGCAGGACCCUGACCUCUGACCCCCAGAAAAACCUGCAGAGUGGAGACGGACUCAGGUGAACCGUGUCCUCUGACCCUCAGACCACUGUUGUGUCUGUGUCUGUAGUGUGUGUGUCUGUAGUGUGUGUGUCUGUAGUGUGUGUGUCUGUAGUGUGUCCCACUGAUCAUCUCUAGUGUUCACCUCUCUCUCUCUCUCUCUCUCUCUCUCUCUCUCUCUCUGACAGACAGCGCCCCCUGCUGUUAGUUGGUGUUCUGGAGCUCCCGUCCCAGUCUUCUGAUCACAGUCUUCACCUCAGAGACAGGACAGGUGCUGUCGCCUGUGUCGUCACGGAAACCAGUAUGGUAGAAGAGGAAGAGCAGACAGCUGUCUUCAACACUGCCUGGAUUGGUAACACACACACACACACACACACACACACACACACACACACACAGCCUACCAAUGACCUUUGACCUUAGUGAUUGUGUGUGUGUGUUUGUGUGUGUGUGGCAGGUUGUCUGGUGUGUAUCAAGCAAUUCACCAUGGUAACAGAAAAGUCCAUCCAAUCAGAUUUCCCCUCCUACCAGCACCUGGACCAGGAGAAGUACAUCACACAUAGACACUGCAGGUACACACACACACACAUGCGCGCACACACACACACACACACACACACACAGAUAAAUGUGUGUGUGUUGUGUGUCUGACAGGGUGUACCUGCAGUUUUCUCUGGACCAUGUUUACAUGCCAAGUCCAUCAGUUGCCAUGGUAACACACCUGCAACAGAAAGGGGUGGAGUCAGGGGGCAGGGCAACAAAAAGAAGGCCAACAGAGGAUGAGGUCGAUGGAGCGAAGAAGAGAAGAAGAAGAGAAAAAGGCCCCGCCCACUCUGCCUCCACCUCUGUUCCCGUGACAACCACUGCUGUUGGUGGCAGUUCCUGCCCCUGCGUUUCCAUGGUGAUAACGGCAAAGGAUAAGGAGGGUGUGGCCUGGAAGAACUUGGGGGCGGGGUUAGAGGAUGGGGAGGCGGGGCUGACACUGUGCUUUUCCAUGAGAGCUGCUGUGAUUGGUCCAGUGGUCAGCUGGAGUCAGGACCCAAAGAACGGACCAAUGACAGACAGCGAGGCAGACGCAGGGAGGGAGGACCAGGUAAGAAACAUCCCACAGGUAAAAACCUGUCCCAUCAUGCACCUGUGCUCAGUGGGUCAGCUGUUCCCUGUGUACAGGUGGUGCUGGUGUUCUCAGGUGUGUCAGCUCGCUGGUUUCCUGUCCUCCAACCCGGGUCCUUCUACAGACUCGUCGCUCCAAACACUCAGGUAUACACACCUGUGACAGUGAGGCAGGGGGCGGGGCUACCUGUGCUGGAGACAUAUCUGACUCCUGAUUGGUCCAUCUGUCCUUCCUUCAGGAUCAAAGUCUUCUAAAUGGCUGUGAUGUUUCUGGGCAGAGCCAAGUGCAACUACACACGGACUCCACUCUGCAGAUUCAGUCUGAUUGGAGGUUCAACACUCUGACACGCCCACUGCUGCUGCACACCUCCAGACAGGUAAACACCCCUUCAGACCACAGGUGGGUGUUUACUCCUCUACCUUCGAUAAAGUCUCUCUCUCUCUCUCUCUCUCUCUCUUUCUCUCUCUCUCUCAGGCUCUCUCGCCCACAGUCCUCUCUGUCUCUGACGUGGUCGACUGCAGGUAAACCUCAUGGAUCACUGAGUGUCUGAAACAUAAACUGGAUUAUUUCCCCUCAGACCUCACAGUGUGUGUGUGUGUGUGUGUGUGUGUGUGUGUGUGUGUGUGUGUGUGUGUGUGUGUGUGUGUGUGUGUGUGUGUGUGUGUGCGUGUGCGCGUGUGCGUGUUCAGGUCAGAGCUGGUGUGUUUUCAGGCUCUGGUGUCUGACAGAAUCAGUCUUGACAACAGGACCAGUGACUCUGCUCACACAGGUACAGACAGACAGGGGUGCUUUUAUUUUGAAGGGUCACAGCCUGAAUGCUUUUAUUGUGAAGAGCAGCAGGUUUCACAUUUGUUUAUUUUAGCGCUGCCUGAACCGGAUUCAUUGGUUAAAAUUUGAGAAUAGUGUUUGCUGUAACCCUGUGAAUUAGCAGACGCUUUGUGAUUGGCUGUGUGGAGGAGGAGGCGGGACUACAGAUUGUCAGCUGUCUUGUUUACUGACACUGUACACACUGUUGUCUGUUUGUGUGCAGGUGUGCGACUCACAGUUUGUGAUGACACUGGAACAAGCCUCCAGGUGUACCUGGACUUUAGCCACACCCCUUAUCCACCUGGCCUGUUGCCUGGUAACAAACUGCUGCUGUCUGCUUUUCAGAGGAAAACUUCCAGGUAUGAAAAACAAAAAACAAACAAACAACCCCCUCAGAGGAGCUUUAAGCAAGUUAAGUCGAUCCGCACUUUGUCUUUAAAUGUGCGUGUGUGUGUGUGCGCGUGUGUGUGUGCGUGUGUGUGUGUGUGUUUAGGUCUGGAGGUGUGUACUGCAAGUGUUUACCUGUCAGCUCAGUGACCGUCCUCAAACUUGGAGAAACCAGGUAACCUCCUCUAACGAUGGUUGUGGAUCAGGUCAUGUGACUGACUCUGAGCUCCAAUCAGAAGAGGUCACCUGCUCUGCUGUCAGUCAGUCUUUAUGGUCUCAGGCUGUGUCCGAAAUGAAUCAGUCAACCCCUAACCCCCAUAUGGGGUUUCACGGUAUACUUGACUAUGCAGUGAACUCAACCACCAGAGGUUUCAGACACUACAUGGCAAGACGCAAUGCAUGAUGGGAUGCCCACCACCAGUGAGUGACCAUCACUCGUAGAUGUGGUCACUACAUUUUGCAAUGCUUUAUGGGAAAUUUUGAGUCGCCUAUCCAUCUUAUUCUUGGGGGCGCUGAUGAAGAAUUGAUUAUGGGCGCAACUUCCAGUUAUGCACUGGAAGUAGUAGUAAGGCAAGGGGUUUGCCGGCAGCGUUCAAUUCCUGUGAAGGUUUAUUUAAGUUCCCUGUUAGUUUUUCGCGAUCAAGCCCAGCAGUAUGUCCUCAUGCAGCCCGGGAACAUGUUGCGCAGUUUGCGGUUGUAUGAACCAGACGAAGCUCAAUAUGUGGAUACGAGAGCAAUGUCUAACUCAGAGCCAGUGUUCAUGUGACAGUCGGUACCAUUUCCAUCGCCUGUCGAUCAAAGAGGAACCCAGAAGGAUGUGGCUGAAAAACCUGAAUUACAGGCGCAACUUCUGGUGAUGCUCCAGAAGAAGUAAGGCAAGGGGUUUGCCGGCGGUGUUCGAUUCCUGUGGAGGUUUAUUUAAAAGUUCCCCGUUAGCUUUUCACGAUUAAGCCCAGCAGUAUGAGUUGCACAGUCCGCGGUUGUACGAACAACCAGACAAAGCUCAAUAAAUGGAUACAAGAGCUAUGUCUUGAACACGCACCUCUAACUAAGAGCCAGUGUUCAUGUGACAGUCGGUACCGUUUCCAUCGCCUAUCGAUCGAAGAGGAACCAAGAAGGAUGUGGCUGGAAAACCUGAAUUUAAAAAGACCACCAAAAACAUUGUCCUCUUUUCAAUUCGUGGACAAAAAGCCCACGGAAGCACACCCAUACCCUACUUGUGGUCAGGACAUGAUAAACCACUGGUGAAAAGACGCCGGUGCUAAACAGGAAUCACAGCAGUGUUACGGGAGCAACAGGUAAGAUUUAAUGUGUACGGAGGACACAGCACUAGGCAAAUAGGCAAUAACAUGUUUUAUCCUUUCCUGAACAGCUGAUGUGUAAGCUGCGUUUGGACGACUCGUCAGUAUGAAGCUAAAAUGCCACAAUUUCAGGAAAGAGUUGCAGUUGUAGCUGUUCUUAUGUUCGAGGAUUUCCCUGGGUUUCUGGAGUGCAUAAAUGAUGUGGUUUUUGGUGGGAAGUAGUGGGGUUCAUGGAAGUUGAAUGGGGUGGAAUCGAUGUGAAUAAAAAAAUCCUAAUGCGUCAUGUCUUCAUAAUCAUACGCAGUUGUCAACAAGGCGAAAUAGGCUAUCGGUCACGCCCACAAUUAACGGAACGGCUCAUGGGGUCCCAUGAAAUAUAGAACUUUGAUACCUGCUGAUGUUCCAUUCUUACAGAUGCACUUGUUAUUAGCGCCAUCAUUUGUCAACAAACGCCGCUUCCGGUCCAUACCGGAAGUCGCACCCAUAAUUCACACAAGAGCUCAUGGGAGAUCGGAAUAAGGUGGAUGUGGGGCACUGGAAUUGAUCACUCAGGUUUGGGACACCCCUCAAAAUGGCGCCAACCCCCAUAUAGUCACCUUUGUAGGGGUUAGGGAUCCAUUUUGGACACAGCCUCAGGACCUUAGCAUACGGAGCCGGUCCAGACUGUGCUGCAGGUGUUCUCUUCAGGUAUGUUCUUAUCCUGAUGUGUUUCCGUUCAGCUCUGCUCAGCCCCCUCCAGCUCCCAUGAUGCAUCUGGGUAUGUGGGCAUUCAGCAGACAGCAGAGGAGCAUUGUGGGCCAGGUCAAAGGUCACAUGGUGUGUUUCCUGUUCCUGCAGCUGCAGUGGAUCUGUUCUCUGUGUGGGAGUCUCUACAGACAGGUGAGUCUCUGUUAACUCUGCACUAUUGUGGAGGGGGGUACCUGAUCACGUUAGAUCACAGCGGUGUUUUCUACACAAAACGUUAAAGUGGAGGGGAGACAGAGGUGAUCCGGUUUUCAGCCGACCAAUCAGAAUCAAGUAGUAAAGACAGCUAGGAAAAAGGACGAUCUGCUUUAUACUCAAGAUGUCUCUCUCUCUCUCAGUCUUGUUCCAGCUCUGAGUGUCACUCGACCUCUUCAGUUUUUGACUCGAGAGCGAGGUAAGACCCUGUGUGUGUGUGUGUGUGUGUGUGUGUGUGUGUGUGUGUGUGUGUGUGUGUGUGUGUGUGUGUGUGUGUGUGUGUCCUGCUGGAAAAGGAGACCAGUAUCUCCACACAGCUUGUUAGCAGGUGACUGUAUCAGGUGUGACUUCUUGACCCUCUGAACUUCUCCCUCACCCCCUAAUCUCCACCUUCAUCCUGAUCGUCUCCUAAAAGGUCGUAUCCUCCGAUCGUAGCUGAUCGUAACCAUUCAAGUUAACGUGUCAAUUUACACCGACUUCUUUUCAAAAUAAAACAUCCGGCUUCUUUUCAAAAUAAAACACUCCGUGUUUCAGGAGGAUCGUAUUUCACACCAUGCAAACGGGCGGAGACGAACAAGUGAAAGGUUUUUAGACGUCAUUUCACCCCGAUGACACCAUGGAUGAGGAGAUGCUGAUUCUAGAAGUCUAGAAGUAGAUUUCCUCCUCUGGAAGGACACAAUCUACUGCUUAUAUGUCUAUGUGUCUGUCUUUAUAGAGACAACUCGUUAUCGUGAGACUGAACGUGAAUCUGUGGGUUCUUGUGAGUUCUCACAAUUCCGCAAUCCGCCACGAAAUUCGUCUCACAAACUAAUCCGAUGGGAAUUUGGGCGGAUGGCGAAAAUCACCGCCGUUCCGGAUGCUGUGAAAAUUGGGGGUCGUUGAUAUUACACUGAGAGACCAACAGGAGGAGCUGGUUCAGGGUCUUGAUAGCAGGGAUACUUGUAGUCCACUUCCUGGACUCGUCUUUGUUUAGAGGCUCAUUGAGGGUCUUCUGGACUUUUGUCAGGUCAUCAGUCUGAACCAUGACCGCGGUCUUUGUCCAGAACCAGAGUGAGAGAAUCAAGGUUCAGUGCACCUGUGCAGGUGUGUUUACACUCCAUCAGCUGAUCCGUUAUGUGUGUAUCAUUGUGUGUAUUAUUGUGUGUGUUAUUGAUCAGGCUGGUGAUCGACGACGGCACAGGUGAGGCUUACGUCAGCUUCUCAGGUUCUCUGGUUCGUACUCUGCUGGGAUUGGCUGAUUCUCAGUGGGAGGGGCUUCAGAGAGCGGUCAAAGUCAGAGGUCACGUCAGAAUCUCCCCGCGAGAGCCGAGCCUGGUCAGUAUCACUUCCUGUUUGUCACCAUGGUAACUGUCCAGUCAGUUUGUGUAGUCACCUGUGUGUGUGUGUGUGUCUCAGGUGUGUGACUCGGAGGACCCCCUCCUGCUCUACCUGGCGUGUUUGUGCAGGAGUGAGGUGGCGUGUCGUCAGCUCUCUCUCACCUGCAGGAGGAGCACCAAUCAGAGAGCAGAAGGUGAGGGACACAAAGAUCUUCUAUUGUCUCACUCUGACGGAGUUUUAGACGUGAUGGAGAGGCGGGAGAUGAGGGGGUCUUCUCAGUCGGUGACCAUGUGACCUUGUUGCUAUAGCGACAGUUCCAUGACGUAACUGUGAAGAGCUGGAGUGAUGUCACACCUGAUCACCUGACCAGGAUGUUUGUGUUUCAGAGACAAAGAGGUUCAGCCGAGGAGAGCGAGACUUCGUCACCAGGAAGACUCUGCCCGUACAGCUCACCUGUCUGUCAUUCCACUGAUGACCUCACCUGAGAUUCAGCAGCAGGAAGGGGCGGGGCCAGCUCACCUGUAUUCUCGUACUGUUUCUAUGUUUAAGUUAUUCAAGGAGGUUAAAGUCAUUUUAGGUUUUCUGUAAAACCAACUCUUUCCCUCUAAACCAGCUGACUGAAUCAGUCGUGAGUCACACCUGAGGCAGGUGAAAACUGUCGUUAACAGACUUUAUAGACUUGUUCAGCGUUCGCAGUAUUUCCAUGAUUAUGGAGCUCUGAGCUGAAAUAAAAGAUAUUUAAUUUAC